CGGACGCAUCCUACCUAAUUUUAGCGAGGAAAAGACUCUUAUUUUGGUCUGGCGGUGUGACGUCAUGAGUAUGCGCUCCCGCGAAUGUGAGUCUGGUGAAGAGAGGUUUGAUGCGUUUAGACUGCCGCUAAUUCUAUAAGAAGAAGAAAGCGCUUUGGUUUUAAGAAAAGCACAUUACAAAUCAAAUUAAUUAUCAUCAUUAACCAGAACAACAAAAACAAACGUGUGUACAAACCAACUGCAAGUGUUUCAUGAAAGAUGGCGUUUAUUAAAGAGGAGAGUGAAGACAUGAAGAUUGUAGAAAUAUUCAGUCUCAAUCAUGAAGAAGAUCCUGAGGAACAAACAAAGAUGGCGUUUAUUAAAGAGGAGAGUGAAGACAUGAAGAUUGGAGAAACAUUCAGUCUGAAGCACGAAGAUAUAGAGGAACAAACAGACUUAAAGGUGCUGAAAGAGGAGAGGGAAGGACUGAACGAAACAGAAGAGAAAGAUCAGCAUGAGAAUCUUUGUGAUUCAAUAACUGGAGAAAAAUCUUUGUGUUCCUUAAAGUUUGAAAAGACUUCCACACGAAGAACAGAUCAAAAGACAGGAAAUCAGAGUUAUUACACUUGCCUUCAAUGUGGAAAGAGUUUUAGUCAAAAAGGAACCCUUAAAAGCCACAUGAGAGUUCACACUGGAGAGAAGCCUUUCACAUGCUAUCUGUGUGGAAAGAGUUUCAGUCACUCUAUAAACCUUAAAUGCCACAUGAAAAUUCACACUGGAGAGAAGCCUAAUAGAUCCCCUCCGUGUGGAAAGAGUUUGAAUCAAAGUGGAGAAAACAAGAUCAUUCACACUACAGAAAGCCAUUUUCCCUGCCAACAGUGUGGGAAGAGUUUCGCUUCUAAACAAAGCCUUGAAUGCCACAAGAGAACUCACACUGGAGAGAAGCCUUUCACAUGCAAACUGUGUGGAAAGAUUUUCAGUUAUAAAGCAAACCUUAAAACCCACAUGAGAAUUCACACUGGAGAGAAACCCUUCACAUGCAAACAAUGUCGAAUAAGUUUCACUCAUAAAGUAAGCCUUAAAACUCACAUGAUAACUCACACCGGAGUGAAACCUUACACAUGCAAACAGUGUGGAAAGAGUUUCAGUUAUAAAGGAACCCUUAAAAGCCACAUGAGAGUUCACACCGGAGUGAAACCUUACACAUGCAAACAGUGUGGAAAGAGUUUCAGUUAUAAAGGAACCCUUAAAACCCACAUGAGAGUUCACACUGGAGGGAAGCCUAAUAGAUCCCCUCAGUGUGAAAAGAAUUCGAAUCAAAGUGGAGAAAACAAGGUCAUUCACACUACAGGAAGCCGUUUUCCCUGCCAACAGUGUGGGAAGAGUUUCGCUUCUAAACAAAGCCUUAAAUGCCACAAGAGAACUCACACUGGAGAGAAGCCUAAUAGAUCCCCUCAGUGUGUAAAGAGUUUGAAUCAAAGUGGAGAAAACAAGAGAAUUUUAACUUGCCAAUCGUGUGGAAAGUGUUUCACUCAUAAAGGAAAAUUUGAAAGGCACAUGAGAGUUCACACUGGAGAAAAGCCUUACACGUGUAAACAGUGUGGAAAGAGUUUCAGUCUAAAUGGAACCCUUAAAAGGCACAUGAAUGUUCACUAUAAAGAGAAGCCUAACAGAUCCCCUCAGUGUGAAAAGAGUUCGAAUCAAAGUGGAGAAAACAAGAUCAUUCACACUACAGAAAGCCGUUUUCCCUGCCAACAGUGUGGGAAGAGUUUCGCUUCUAAACAAAGGCUUGAAUGCCACAAGAGAACUCACACUGGAGAGAAGCCUUUCACAUGCAAACAGUGUGAAAAGAGUUUCAGUCGUAAAGAAACCCUUAAAAGCCACAUGAGAACUCACACUGGAGAGAAGCCUUUCACAUGCAAACAGUGUGAAAAGAGUUUCAGUUAUAAAGCAAACCUUAAAAACCACAUGAGAAUUCACACUGGAGAGAAACCCUUCCCAUGCAAACAAUGUGGAAAAAGUUUCAAUUAUAAUGUAAGCCUUAAAACUCACAUGAUAACUCACACCGGAGAGAAACCUUACACAUGCAAACAGUGUGGAAAGAGUUUCAGUCGUAAAGGAACCCUUAAAAGCCACAUGAGAGUUCACACUGGAGAGAAGCCUUUCACAUGCAAACAGUGUGGAAAGAGUUUCAGUCAUAAAGGAAACCUUAAAACCCACAUGAGAGUUGACACUGGAGGGAAACCUUUCACAUGCAAACAGUUUGGAAAGAGUUUCAGUCAACAUAGAAAUCUUAAGAGGCACAUGAAAGUUAACAAUAAAGAGAAGCCUAACAGAUCCCUUCAGUGUGAAAAGAGUUUCAAUGAAAAGUUAUAAAAUUGAUAAUUCUGAUUCUGAUUGGCUGAGCCACAUUCUUAGCUGUUGUAAAUGAAUAAUAAUUUACAAUAAACAUACACCUUUUUUUUGUC